ACACAAAAAGCAGAAAAAGGAGCCUUGCUAUGCUAUUCUUUUUCUUUCAGCUUCUGCUAAGCAAGCAUCUUUCUUUCCCUCACUUUUUCUCAUCUUCUUUCUUUUUACCAAGCCUUCUUCCUCCCUUUAGUUCCCACCACCAUCAUCAUCUCUCUUCUCUCUCUAUAAUUUUCUCUUCCCUUCUAACCACAGUAGAUUCACUCCUCCAGAUUUCCUCUUCCCAAAGCCUGUUCUUCUCUUUCCUAACAAAAUUUCCCUGAUUUUCAUUCAGCAAAUUCCUCUCCUCAUCAGCCCUAACAAAACUGUUUUUUUUUCUUUUAUUUCUUGAAGCACUUCCUUCGCCCCCCCCCCCCUCUCUCUUUUCUUCAGUACAUUACUCACUUUUUGUUUUUAAUUUCAUUUUAAAAUUUUGAUAAUUUUGUAUGCUUGAGCUUCAAAAGACUCUGAAUUAGUGACUUCCCUGAUCUCUCUAGUUUAGAACUUUGGUUGGGCCUUUGGUCUUGGUUGCUUCUGAUUUGAUGGGAAUCUGUCAUGGAAAACCCAUUGAGACCCAACAAAGCGAGAGAGAGAACACAGAAUUUAGCAGUGAACAAGCAGCGUCAACAACCACCAAAUCUUCAUCAAAAUUUCCAUUCUACAGCCCAAGCCCUUUGCCAAGUUGGUUCAAAUCCUCACCUGCCAACCCAAACAGCGUGACUUCGACGCCGCUGAGGAUCUUGAAGCGACCCUUCCCUCCUCCGUCGCCCGCCAAGCACAUUCGGGCGCUGCUGGCUCGGCGCCACGGCUCCGUCAAGCCCAACGAGGCGUCCAUUCCGGAAGGAAGCGAGUGUGAGGUUGUUGGACUUGACAAGAGCUUUGGGUUCUCUAAACAGUUUUCGGCCCAUUAUGAGCUCAAUCAAGAAGUGGGCCGUGGCCAUUUUGGUUACACUUGCUCUGCCAAAGCCAAGAAGGGUUCCUUCAAAGGCAUCGAUGUUGCCGUCAAAGUCAUUCCCAAAGCCAAGAUGACCACAGCAAUUGCUAUAGAGGAUGUAAGGCGAGAAGUGAAGAUAUUGCGGGCUCUAACAGGACAUAGGAAUCUGGUGCAAUUCUAUGAAGCCUAUGAAGAUGAUGACAAUGUUUAUAUAGUUAUGGAGUUAUGCAAAGGAGGAGAAUUGCUAGAUAGGAUUCUUUCCAGGGGUGGGAAGUAUUCAGAAGAGGAUGCCAGAGUUGUUAUGAUCCAAAUAUUAAGUGUGGUAGCUUUCUGUCAUCUGCAGGGUGUUGUUCACCGUGAUCUGAAGCCAGAGAAUUUUCUAUUCACGUCUAAGGAUGAAAAUUCAACAUUGAAGGCCAUUGAUUUUGGAUUAUCUGACUAUGUAAAGCCAGAUGAGAGGUUGAAUGAUAUUGUAGGAAGUGCUUAUUAUGUAGCUCCAGAAGUUUUGCAUAGAUCUUAUGGGACAGAAGCAGAUAUGUGGAGCAUUGGUGUAAUUGCUUAUAUUCUUUUAUGUGGAAGUCGUCCCUUUUGGGCCCGCACAGAAUCUGGUAUAUUUCGGGCUGUCCUGAAGGCAGAUCCAAGUUUUGAUGAAGCUCCUUGGCCCUCUUUAUCUGCUGAUGCAAAAGAUUUUGUAAAGAGGUUGUUGAAUAAGGAUUAUCGGAAAAGAUUAACAGCAGCUCAGGCACUCAGUCAUCCAUGGCUGGUGAAUCAUCAUGAUGACAUAAGGAUACCUUUGGAUAUGAUAAUCCACAAGCUUGUUAAAGCUUAUAUAUGCUCAUCUUCUUUACGUAAAUCUGCUUUAGGGGCUCUUGCAAAGACAUUGACUGUAGCUCAGCUAGCUUAUCUCAGAGAUCAAUUUACUCUGUUAGGGCCAAACAAAAGUGGGUUAAUCUCUAUGCAGAACUUUAAGGCGGCUGUUUUGAGGAGCUCCACCGAUGCCUCAAAGGAUUCACGGGUUUUGGAUUAUGUGAAUAUUGUUAGUUCUAUCCAAUAUAGGAAAUUAGAUUUUGAGGAAUUUUGUGCUGCUGCUAUAAGUGUGCACCAACUUGAAGGCAUGGAGAGCUGGGAGCAACACGCGAGGCAUGCCUAUGACCUUUUUGAAAAGGAUGGAAAUCGACCAAUUAUGAUUGAAGAGUUGGCCUCGGAACUUGGGCUUAGUCCAUCUGUACCUGUUCAUGUAGUACUUCAAGAUUGGAUAAGACACUCAGAUGGGAAGCUCAGUUUCUUGGGGUUUGUCAGGCUUCUGCAUGGGGUUUCUUCUCGCGCAUUUCAAAAGGCUUGAGAGAAUGUGAACAUAGUCGCUAUUAUUUUCGUCUUGACCUUAAAUAUUUUGAUGGGAUCCAAAUGCAUGAGCUAACUCAUCAGCAUACGUCAAUGAUGGCUUCAGCAAAGCAAAGCUAAAAGCAGUAGCUGUUAGGAAUUUGUUGCUGAUGAAGUGUAUGGAAAAUCUCCAUAUAUUAGUUCCCCUUUUCCCAAGUUCUACAAACAGAACCCUUGUUUCUUCCUCUCUUGAAGUUGGUGGUUCUGGAGUUAGAAGCUUGUACAGAUGAAGCUAGACCAGAAAUUAUAUUACCUAGGAACCGCGGAACUGCAAAAAAAUGAGUUGUUUUUAGGGUUUACCCCUUGUGUACCCAUGGCACCUAUCAAUAAACUUCCCAAUCAUGUGAACUCAUUGAUAGUUGACAGAUUUUUAGCUUUUUCUAUUGUAUUUUAUGUUAUUAUUAUCCAAGGCCACAAGGGAUGGUACUAUCAAUCUUUGUUACUAUGGCUUGCUUUAUUAUGAAGUUAAAAUGUUGUGCUUUUAUUCAUUUAUGGGAUUAUAUUUUGUUUGGAUU